AUGUCUAAUUCAAAGAAAUUAAACACGUCCCCCUCCGCUGCCUGCAAUCGACUCUUUUCGAUUACAGAGCUUGUCGACAUGUUCCUCAACCGAUGCUCUACACAUGCUUUGCUGAACUGCACCAUGGUGUGCCGCAACUGGAAGGGCAUCAUCUCAAGAUCCAAGUCGCUACAGGAACAGCUUUUCUUGAAACACAUUGAGGUGAAAGACUCAAUUACAGGCUCAAUCCGAUGCCCCCUCAUAAAUCACAUCGACUGGUGGCACGAAUUUAUGCACGACCGGUCGAUUACCGGGAGCGUUGGAUCACGGAUUGCCCGCAGAGUGUGCAAUCGAGAUGGUGCAGCUGCAAAUGGUUGGGGCCAUCGGGAUCAAAGUCGGCAAAAUGUCACAUUGGGCAUGCUGUGGGACCUUGUCGAAAGCCGCCUUGCGCGGGGCUGUGUUGUCCGAGUGCAGUACUUCGUCCAUGGCAAGGCUGUAGAGGAUCACCAACUUGCUACCGCCCACGAGCAACUCUUGAUUGCACAAGGCGACCGUAUUCGUCGACCGUAUACGCCAUUGACACCUCGCGUCAAGACCACGACUCAGCAAUUCUGGAGCAAAAAGCCCUGGGGCGAGGCAGGCUUUGACAUGGAAGCUCAGCAAUGGGUGACCAUGCCCAAGAAGUGA